AUGCCAACUAAACGCUCCAUAUCACCACCUCCGAGUUUGACCAAAAAACUCAAGGUUUCGGACAACUUUGAAGAAUACUACAAGCCAGACCCACGCUACUACCCUAAUCCGAUAACUUGGAAACAAGCCAAUGCUUUCAAUACCGGGAAAAGACCCAAACCUAUCGACCUUCUGAACAACCACAUCAAGUCCCAAAAACUGGACUCUAAAACUAGUAUCGACACCGUGGUGCACUGGUUUAGAACAGACCUCAGACUUGGGGACAGCGCAGGGCUAUUUCACGCUGUGAAACAGCUACAAGCGGCUCAAAACAAGUCCAACAAAGACGCCAGACUGAUGGCCCUGUACAUCAUCAACGAACAUGACUUUAGGGCACACCUCGACAGCGGAUGGAAAUUGCGAUUUGCACUGGACGCCCUGGAAAGCCUAAGGGAAUCGUUGCGCAAGUUGAAUGUGCCACUUAUAGUGAGACUAUUUGAGCCUAAGGAAGCACUGCUAUCGCGGUCGUCGGAGUUCGCAACAUGGUUCAAGGACCUGUGUUUGGGACUUGUAAACAAGAAAAGCAGUAAGAGUGGGGCCGUGCUGGUCACAGCCAACGCUCAAUACGAAACAGAUGAGCUAUAUCGCGACGUGAACAUUUUUGGCCAUUGCGACUCCCAAUUUCACUUCCAAGUCUACCACGAUCAGUGCACCGUGGUGCCCGGUGCCCUCACGACAGGUAAGGGCUCCCAGUACACAGUCUUCACGCCUUGGUACAAGAAAUGGGUCGAGUAUCUAAAGACAAACCAGAGUGGAAAAGACGCAGUCGCCACGUUCAGUUUCGACACCUCAAAGCCACUUAACGCAGACCUCGAAGCUCUAGAGUCCUGCGACUACGUGCUGCCCGAAGAAUUCGUCUCAUACCUCCCCAACGAGCAUUUGGACAUCCCACCAGCUACCGAGCAGGACGCGCAUGAAGUGCUAGAACACUUCUUCAAGAGCAAGAAAGUGCACGACUACAACGAGAAGAAGGACAUUCUGAACCUCGACAACACCUCGCAUCUCAGCUGCUACAUCACCAGCGGGCUGAUCAGCACGCGUGCGGUGGUCAACCGCGGGUACCACGAAAACGGCAACAGUUUGAUGCAUAAGGAUAUCAAACAGAACAACUCGGUCGAGAAUUUUGCGAAAGAAGUAGCCUGGAGAGACUUCUACAAACAUAUCAUGUGCAACUGGCCCUACACCUCCAUGGACGUGGCGUUCAAAUUCGAAACCAUGGACAUCAAGUGGGAAAACGACCCAGAAAAGUUUCGCAAAUGGUGUGUGGGAGAAACUGGAUUGCCCAUCGUGGAUGCCAUCCAGCGUAAACUGCUGUACACCGGAUACAUCAGCAAUCGGUGCCGCAUGAUCACUGCGUCGUUUCUGUCCAAAAAUUUGUUGGUAGACUGGCGUUGGGGUGAACGUUGGUUUCGUAAGCACUUGCUAGACGCCGACUUGGCCUCCAACUCGGGUGGUUGGGGAUUUUCGUCCAGCACAGGGGUAGACUGCCAACCUUACUUCCGUGUCUUCAACAUGAAGCUACAGAGUGAAAAAUACGACCCCAAGGGCGCCUUCGUGAGGGAGUGGGUCCCAGAAUUGAAGGACAUUGACAACAUCAAGAUCCUUAGAGAGGGAAUCUCAAAUGCUACAAAGGCCAAUGGAUAUUCUCAACCAAUUGUGGAUCUCAAGGACAGCAGAGAAAAAGCCCUCGAGGCCUUCAGAGAAGCUAUGUAA